CAGCGCGAAGCGCUGCGUAGCGUAUAUCAUUAAUCUACACAAGAUUCCCUAAUGUGCAAUGCUUCCAUAGUAUCAAACAAAAUUUCCAUGACAAUUUUCCCGCUCGACAUUAUGAACUGUAUUUUUCAGUUUUGCCAACCUAAUUGAACUGUUAAUGUACACGCGUAUAUCACCGUAUAGUACGUAUACGUAUGUGGCUGAUUUCAACAUCGUGCAAACUUGAAGCAUGAAGCAACUUAGCGCUGUGAUGUUGAUCGCUGGAAUUAUGUGGCUGAAAUCUGGAACAAAUGCAGCGACUCCAUAUACUUUAGCAAACACGGGAAUAUACAAUCAUGUACAGGGUAUCAUUUCUGCCAUCUAACGUCAAAUGGAGGAAACAUUGGAACGACGCCUAAAGGCCUUUAAACAGGAGCUCCUCAACAACAUAACUGCCAUGUGCGAAGCCAAUAGUGCAGCUUUGACAGCACUGACCAGAAGGCUGGCUCCCAUCCCUGCAAUGGUGCAGUCUCUCACGGAACGAACCAACAGCAUCCCGGAUAUUCCGAUUGGAUCCAUGAUAGCGUUGGCGAAUGUGGGCGGCAACCGUUCGUGUUGGCUGGAGUGCAACGGCGCCAAUUUCUCAGCUUCGCGUUAUCCGAAAUUACACGCACUGCUACAAAGCUCCACUCUUCCCGAUCUGGGAGGCCGCUUUUUAUUGGGGCGGAGCUUCCAGCAUCCCGUUGGUUCGGUUGGCGGGGCGGAUAAGCAUACGCUAACGGAAGAGGAGAUGCCGUCGCACACGCACGCCGCCACGGCUGGUGGAGAUUUCAUGCAUCUGCGUGCCCAAAAUGGUAAUCAGCUGUCUGGCGACCGUUCCAUUAUAUUUUCCUCGCAGAACGACAAUUAUACCAACACGCAGCACACCACCGCCGCCACCGGCGCGGGUUUGCCGCACAGCAACAUGCCACCGUAUCGGACCGUCGUUUACUAUAUCCGUGCCUGCUAACACUCCACUGGCUCCUGUUGGACGGACACUGAACGACUGAGCUUACGAAAUGUGCGAAUUUGAUUACCGUUACCGCACCGCUGCACCUGAUUUAACGUUGUCAACUUGUCAUACGUUACCUAAAGAGCGCUGGAGAUGGGCAACCUCUGGUUGUCAUACGUUACCUAAAGAGCGCUGAGUAACACUAGCGAUACUGGAUGCCUACUUUUUUAUUAUGUUUCUGAUUUAGACUAUUCCUAAUUUUUCGUCUCAGUUGUGACAACAUAAGUACGAAAACUGGUCAUUGCCAAAAUU